AUGGCUAUCCAUUUGCAAUGCUCUGUUUCAUGUUCUGCUGACCAGGUUGACCUGAAAACAUGGAACAAAAUCAUCAAAAGACAAGUAACUGAAGGGAACAUCAAGAGUGCAUUUCAGUCAUAUCAACAGAUGCGACAAAAAUUCACUCCUGAUAACUUCACCUAUCCUGUCUUACUCAAAGCAGUUUCUAAUCUUUCUUAUCACCGAAUCGGGUUAGCCCUCCAUGGCCAGAUAGCGAAAACACAAUUUGAAAACCACAUGUUGGUUCAAACCUCACUUCUCAACAUGUAUUCGUCUGUUAAACGGAUUAAAGAUGCUCGUAGAGUGUUUGAUAGUAUGGAAGUGAAGGAUAUAGUUGCUUGGAACUCCAUGUUGGACGCAUGCAUUUCAUCCGGGAUUCUGGAUGUUGCUAUCCAACUCUUUCGAUUUAUGCCUGUGAGGGAUGUUUUUACAUAUAAUAUCAUGCUGUCUGGGUAUGCAGAUAUAGGUGAUAUGGAUUCGGCAAGGGUUGUAUUUGACGAGAUUCCGGUAAAAAGUACUAUUUCAUGGAACUCGAUGAUUCUGGCAUGCGGGAAUUACGGGGACAUGGAAAAAGCACGUAUGGUCUUUGAUGAAAUGCCUGAACGAAAUGUCAUCUCAUGGAAUACAUUGCUUGGAACAUAUUUGAACAACGGGCUGCUUGAGGAAGUUGUCCUGCUUUUUGAGAAGAUGAAAUUGGAGAAGAUUGUACCCCCAGAUUAUCUUACAGUAACAACCGCCUUAUCUGCUUGUGCAGGAUUAGGCUUGCUUGAAAAAGGCCGUGAAAUUCAUAUAUAUGUGCUUGAUUUGGGACUAAUGUCGAGUAGAUAUGUAAUCACUGCCUUAAUAGAUAUGUAUGCCAAAUGUGGAUGUGUAGAGAGCUUUUUGAGUGUGUUUUACAAGUCUAAAGUACGAGAUGUUUUCUGUUGGAAUGCACUGAUAUCUGGACUUGCUCUUCAUGGCUACGGGAUUAUUGCCCUCAGAGUGUUCAAUGAUAUGCUACAAACAACAAAGCCGGAUGAUGUAACCUUCAUAGCUUUGCUUAGUGCAUGCAGCCAUUCAGGGCUUAUAGAAGAGGGCCGGACCCUCUUUGAAUGUAUAGACAUAGAUUAUGGUGUGACUCGUAAAAUGGAGCAUUACGGGUGUUUUGUUGAUCUUCUUGGCAGAGCGGGGUUUCUUGAAAGUGCAUACACGAUCAUUGAUAACAUGCCGUUUAGGCCAGGCAAGUCGGUUUUGGGUGCAUUGCUGAGUGCUUGUGUGAGUUAUAGGGAUCUUGAGAUAGGGAAGAAAGUAGUGAAGAUACUCUUAACAAACGAAGGUGUUGAGGACUUGAACGAUGGGGAUUACAUGAUGAUGUCUAACUUGUACGCUUCGUGUGACCAUUGGGACGAAGCGGAUCGUUGGAGAUCAAUGAUGAAUGAUUCAGGGAUUGUUAAGACUGCAGGGUCGAGCUCCAUCAAUGUUGGUAAUAGAAUACAUAAGUUUUUGGCUGGGAAUCUCCAUUGA